AUGGAAUUGCCGCCGGGAUUCCGAUUCCAUCCGACGGACGAGGAGCUCGUGGAUCACUACCUAUGCCGGAAAUGCGCCGGAGAACACAUCUCCGCUCCGGUCAUCGCCGAUAUCGAUCUCUACAAGUACGAUCCCUGGCAGCUUCCGGAUUUAGCGUCGUAUGGCGAAAAAGAAUGGUACUUUUUCUCUCCGAGGGAUCGGAAAUAUCCGAACGGGUCGAGGCCGAACCGGGUGGCGGGAAGAGGAUACUGGAAGGGCACCGGCGUCGAACCCUGUCGUUUUUAUUGUACUUUCUGCAUCACAGAUUUAGCGUCGUAUGGCGAAAAAGAAUGGUACUUUUUCUCUCCGAGGGAUCGGAAAUAUCCGAACGGGUCGAGGCCGAACCGGGUGGCGGGAAGAGGAUACUGGAAGGCCACCGGCGCCGACAAGCCCGUCGGCAAUCCGAAGCCGCUGGCCAUCAAGAAGGCUCUCGUGUUCUACGCCGGCAAACCUCCCAAAGGCAUCAAAACCAAUUGGAUCAUGCACGAGUACCGCCUCGCCAACGUCGACCGCUCCCUUCCCAACAAGAACAACGCUCUGAGGCUGGAUGAUUGGGUGUUAUGUCGUUUGUACAACAAGAAAGGCGCGAUCGAGAAGUGUUAUUGUCCAGACGAUGUGCCCGAGAAGGACGGGGAUACGAAGACGAACAACGAUGUGUCGUGUACUGACGUAACCGAGCACGUGUCGUCGUCGGAGUUAACGUGCGAAAUGGAAGUGCAGAGUGAUCUGAAGUGGAGAGGAUCAGAGGGCAAUGCGUUGGAUGGAUCGUGUAUUUAUUUCGGCGGCCUCGAUUGCUUACGAGAUGACCCUUUUGGUAAUAACCAUGUCGGACACCGUACCGACCAGUUCCAACAUUUCCAAGACGUGUUCAUGGAUCUGCUCAAGCCCUUUUGAAACAAUCCUGUUAUUGUUCGUAAUUGUGGUUCAGCAUCUUGUUCGGUUAACCGAAACCGAUACCGAAGGCGCUGCUGCUCAGUUGUCCGGUCGGAUAUUGCAGAUCUUUACAGGAGAUUCAUGACUGAGAGAGAGAGAGAGAUUUCUUAAUUCAUGUAGUGAAAAUGUACAUUACAUAUUCUACUUUCUCUCUACCAUAUUUUCUCAGGCCUGUAUGGAGGGAAUAGAGAUAUAUCUAUCUACUAAGGCUUACA